AUGAUGAUUAACUCGGCUCUCGGCAUCAUCGGCUAUCCCAUCGGCCACUCCAUAUCGCCUCGGUUCCAGCAGGCUGGGCUGGAUUACCUCUCGGUGGAUCACCGUUAUCUGCCCCACGAGGUGCAUCCCGACCAGGUCGCGGAUUUCGUCGCAUCCCUGCGUGCCGACGCCGUGCGGGGCAUCAACGUCACCGUGCCGCACAAAGAGACGGUCAUGCCCUUCCUGGACGAGAUCGACGAAUGGGCGGCUGAGGCGGGAGCCGUAAACACCAUCGUCAACCGCGGCGGCCGUCUCGUCGGCUACAACACCGACGGCUACGGUUUCCUCCGCGCCCUCCGUGAGUCUGCCGGGCUUGAUCCCCGCUGGCAAACGCGCUUUGAUCCUGGGCGCGGGGAGGCGCAUUCCGCGGGAGCCUCAACCUUGGGCGGCAUCUCCAUGCUGGUGUACCAGGGCGCCGCGUCUUUCGAGCUGUGGCUGGAAAGGCCCGCGCCUGUCUCCGUUAUGAUGGACGCUGCCAUGUCCGCAAUGCGUGAGCGCGAAGCCCUGGCACAAUGA